AGCAUUAAAGAAACAGCACAUCAAACAAGAAAACAUCUCUCAGCACAUCAGACAAGGCAAAGGACUUCAGCAAGAUUCAAAGAUCAAAAUGUAUCUUGCAAUUGCUAUACAACUCAGCAUUAUCUGCAUCAUCCAAGCAGCUGCUCAAGGUGAUACCCAAGUUUGUAGUGGUUGUUGUACUGCUCCUGCAGGGAUUCCUGGAAUUCCAGGCAGCCAUGGUAAUCCUGGUGGUCUUGGUCCAAUAGGCAUGAAAGGAGAUGUUGGAGUAAAAGGAGAGAAGGGAAACCAGGGAUCAGAUGGAAGAGAUGGGCUUCCAGGUAAAAUAGGACCAAUUGGUUUACCGGGUGCUACUGGUGAGAAAGGAGGAAAAGGAGAAAAAGGUGAACAAGUUGCUCCCACAAACAGCCAGCCCAAAUCUGCCUUCUCAGUUGGAUAUAAUGUAAACCCAGGCCGCCAUCCAGUUAGUCCUAUGAAAUACCCGUUAAUAAUUACCAAUGUUGGGAAUCACUACAAUAAAGAAACAGGCAAGUUUGUCUGUCAACAUCCAGGCAUCUAUGUCUUCCAGUUUACAUCAGGGUCAACUAGCAGUAACAACAUGGUAACAAGCAUCAUGAAGAAUGGGCAACGCAUUCUCUCCGCAUUUGUGACUGGUUCAGGCUACAAAUCAGCCAGCAACAUGGUAGUUCUUGAUUUAGUAGCAAAUGAUGAAGUGUGGACUGAGCCUUUAAACACCAGCCUUAACUAUUACUAUAGUGAGAACCACAUCUUCUGUUCUUUUUCAGGCUUCCUGCUUUAUGCAUCUGCAUAAGGAAAUUUGAAAACCUAAUAAUUACAAAUCAGCAAAUUGCAACAGAAUGACAUCUUUUUUAAUGACUUUUUAUCAUUAGUAAAUAAUAUAGUAUUAGAAAAAAAGUAGGAUACUAACUCAAGAUAUUACCAGCACAGAAUUAUCAACAAAGGUGCUAUAAGAUUUAUGUAACAGGAAUGUCAGCAGUCAUUACAAAAAUUCAAUUCAAAAUCUGUUUUGCUUCAAAAGUUAAUUUCAUUAGUAAAUAAUACAGUAUUAAAAAAAAGUAGGAUGCUAACACAAGAUAUUACCAGCACAGAAUUAUCAACAAAGGUGUUAUAAGAUUUAUGUAACAGGAAUGUCAGCAGUCAUUACAAAAAUUCAAUUCAAAAUCUGUUUUGCUUCAAAAGUUAAUUUCCGCCGAAGGCUAUUAUCCACCAUAAAAGAGACAUACUUUGGUCUAACAGGUAUAAUGGUCUCCCAUACAUACAUGUACUACCAAUAUGUUCUAUAUGAUAGGUAUAUUUGUAUUAAAUAGCUUAUUUAAUAAUGCUGUAAGUAUAAUCCGUACGAAUUCUUAGCCUAUUAUGUAACAUCAUAUAGUUGUUAUUCAUGAUACUAGACUUGCCACAAGUUUCAAAUGUAUUGAUUUCUCGUAGUAUUAGAUAAUUUCAGAGAGCACCACCAACAUCUGUUCAUAUCAAGAAACUUGUAUGUUGUUGAAUUUGGAUGGGAAUUAAACCAACAAAAAAGUAUAGUAUGGAACACCAUGCAAAUAAAUAAUAUGGAACGCCAUUGGUGCCAAAAUUGAUUUAUUUUUACACGUUUUCACUGAUUCAUGAUACUUACUUAAUAUACAAUCUUAAUAUUUUAUUAGGAGUAGCUGAUGUUUUUCAAGAAUUGUCUAUCUAUGAGUAGUAUGAAUAAAAGUAAUUUAAAAAUGAA